GUUUUUCGCCAAAAAACUAUCGUAGACAAUUCAUUCGCCUGUUACCGGAGGAAUUUUUUGCUCGCUAGUAGAAGUAGAAAUUGAUCUUUCUGCCAUUUAGUUAAGUUUAUAAAAUAACGUAAAAACUUGCAAAAUGCAGUGUACUCUACGUAAUGCUAUCGCAACAGCAAUCAAGACGCCAUUGCGCACGAAUGGCGCUAUUUUGGGCGCGAUAAAUGGUCGCUUCUACUCGAGCACACAUGAGGCUGAUUUGGUGGUGAUUGGUUCCGGUCCAGGUGGUUAUGUUGCUGCCAUCAAGGCUGCUCAAUUGGGAUUAAAAACCGUUAGUGUUGAGAAAAAUGACACAUUGGGUGGCACCUGCCUUAAUGUCGGUUGCAUUCCCUCAAAAGCUUUGCUAAACAAUUCUCAUUACUAUCACAUGGCACACUCUGGUGAUUUGGCUAACCGCGGCAUUAACUGCGGCAACGUUUCUUUGGAUUUGGAGAAACUUAUGGGUCAGAAGGUCAACGCUGUUAAAGCACUUACAGGAGGUAUUGCACAAUUGUUCAAAAAGAACAAGGUUACACAGUUGACCGGUCUUGGCAGCAUUGUUAAUCCAAAUCAAGUGCAAGUGCAGAAAGAUGAUGGUAGUGUUGAAACUGUGAACACAAAGAACAUUAUGAUUGCCACCGGCAGUGAAGUUACACCGUUCCCCGGUAUUGAAAUCGACGAGGAGGUCAUUGUUUCGAGCACAGGUGCGCUUUCGCUUAAACAUGUACCCGAAAAAAUGGUUGUUAUCGGUGCUGGUGUUAUUGGUCUGGAGUUGGGUUCUGUAUGGUCCCGCCUCGGCGCUGAAGUGACUGCUGUUGAAUUCAUGGAUACCAUUGGUGGUGCCGGUAUUGAUACUGAGGUGUCCAAGACUUUCCAGAAAGUGCUCACAAAGCAGGGUUUGAAAUUCUUGUUGGGCACAAAAGUUUUGGCAGCACAGCGUAGUGGCAACAGUGUAACUGUGUCAGUGGAAAACGCUAAGUCCGGCGAUAAACAAGAUAUUUCUUGUGAUGCCUUAUUGGUUUCUGUUGGCCGUCGCCCAUACACCGAGGGUCUUGGACUUGACGCUGUUGGUAUUGUGAAGGACGAUAGAGGUCGCAUCCCAGUGAACAGCAAUUUCCAAACUGUUGUACCAAAUAUUUACGCCAUCGGUGAUUGUAUUCACGGACCUAUGUUGGCACACAAAGCCGAGGAUGAGGGUAUUAUUUGUGUCGAAGGUAUUCUUGGUGGACACGUACACAUCGAUUAUAACUGCGUACCAAGUGUUGUAUACACACAUCCCGAAGUUGCGUGGGUGGGCAAAUCCGAGGAACAAUUGAAACAGGAAGGUGUCGAAUAUAAAGUUGGCAAAUUCCCAUUCUUGGCUAACUCACGUGCAAAGACCAACAAUGAGACAGAUGGUUUCGUUAAAGUUUUAGCUGAUAAGGCCACCGAUCGUGUGCUGGGCACACACAUAAUUGGACCUAGCGCCGGUGAACUCAUCAAUGAAGCUGUGUUGGCGAUGGAAUAUGGUGCCGCUGCUGAAGAUGUUGCACGCGUCUGUCACGCCCAUCCAACUUGCGCUGAAGCUCUUCGUGAAGCGAAUGUUGCGGCCGCCUUCGGCAAACCCAUUAACUUUUAAUCAUAAUCCGAGCUAAGAUCAGUGAAGCAAUAAUCAUAUUUAUAUUAAUUAAAAACUCACUCUGCCUUUAAUUUCGUUUUAAAAUAUUUAUAAACUGUAGAACAAUAUGUCACAAAAAAUAUGACUUCUCUGCUCGGAAAGAGUAUUUCAUCUCUUUUCUGAAUGUAUAUCAUCUCAAAUAUGCGCUUGUGUGGCUGCCAUUUGCGAAAUUGUGUUGUCUAAACGAGAUUAGGAAAAAUCUACUUAUAUAUUCCUACCAAAGGAAAACACGUACGGAGUGUAAAAACUGUGAAAUUUAACUAGAAAAUCCGAAAACGAAACUUAAUGAUUAUACUUAGUAUAGAAAAAGAUACGUUUCAAAAUAAAAAUGGAAAACGUGGGAAAA